GUGGGAGACAGCACAUUGUUCUUCACUGCUAACAUAACCUCACUUCUGCACAUGUGAAAAUGUCAAGCUCUAAUUUUCGUGUUACGCAUGAGGGGUACUCAGUCAACGAAAUCUUAGAAGAGUUGGAGGCUUACAAUGAUGGUUUGCAGCGUCUCAUCUACGUCGUUCCACCAAAUGAUGGGGCCGACACCGACGCUGAUAGUGACAAGUCCGAUGAUGAACACGAAGGAAACCUUAACCAUCUUGGGCGAAACCUGUUGAACAGUGUUUGCGAGGUACAGACUGCCAUUAAAGAUGACAACGAUACAGGUUUGCAGGAUGCGAAAGGACCACAAUACGAAGUUCAGACUGUCCCUACGGAUAGUAAUGUCGUAGGUUUGGAUGAAGCCGAGGAACCACAACCAAGUACGUCUACUUUAAUUACUAGUUCAGACAAUAAAAUCUCACUGAGACCUCUUCGAAGGAAAGUCAAUAGGAAAACCCCCCCUAUUGUGUUUAGUGACACAGAUGAUGACCCUGAUGACCCUGCACCGCCCCCCAAAAAUAAAAAUAAAAAGGUAGGCCUAAGUGAUACUGAUUAUGUCCCUGCACCGCCCCCCAAAAAUAAAAAUAAAAAGGUAGGCCUAAGUGAUACUGAUUAUGUCCCUGAACCGCCCUCCAAAAAAAAAAAAAUAAAAAGGUCCCUGCAUCAACCACCAACACGAUCAAAAAUAAUGAAAACCAACAGAAUGGUAAAAAAAAGACAAAGAAACAAUUGGCUGAAGAACUAAAGCAGGCUCGUGUAAACCAAUGGAAAAUAGAUGAGCCUGCUUUUAUGCAAAACAUAACAUGUGAACCACUGCCAUGCUCAGAUGAGGCAAUGGAAUGCGAAAGUCCUUUGGAAUUUUUUUCGUUGUUUUUUUCUGAUGAAGUGAUUGAAUUUAUAUGUGAGCAAAGCAACUUGUAUGCAUCACAAAAAAAUGUUAACCUAAAUCUAACAAAAGAGGAACUAUUAGUAGUUUUUGGUGGAAUGCUUAUGUCAGGAUAUGCAAAAUAUCCUAACAAAAGGAUGUUUUGGUCAAGAGAAGAUGAUGUUCCAAAACUACUGUCUGAGAGCAUGCGCUGUAACAGAUUUGAACAAAUACUCCGCUUUAUUCACUUAAAUGACAAUACCACUUUGAAUCCAGAUGAUAAGCUUUAUAAGUUGAGGCCCAUAAUUGAUGCACUAAACACAUCCUUUGCGAAUCACGGAGGAUUAGAUGAGAAGCUAUCUGUCGAUGAAAGUAUGAUCCCAUACUAUGGGAAACACUAUGCCAAACAGUUUAUUAGGGGCAAACCAAUACGCUUUGGGUUUAAAAACUGGGCAAUAUGCUCUUCGAGUGGUUACCUCAUCUCUUUCGACAUAUACUGUGGAAAGAACCCUGACCGUGAAAAUUUGUUUGGGCUUGGAGGUGAUGUUGUUGUACAGCUACUCAAACAGGCUGAAAUCCCGAGUAACAAUGGUUACAAAAUUUUCAUUGACAACUUUUUCACUUCGGUACCUCUAAUAAGACACCUGGCUGAACAAGGUUAUUGUGCCACGGGAACAUUGAGAUCAGACCGGGUGCAGUAUUGCCCCUUAAAAAACCAAAAGGAAUUGCAGGAAGAAGGUAGAGGAUCAUUUGAUUUUCGUACGGCUGAAAAUGUCAUGUUAGUUAGGUGGGCUGACAACAGUGUAGUAACAGCUGCUACAAAUUUUGAAAACAUGUCUGUUGGAACAGUUAAAAGAUGGUCGAGGGAAAAAAAAGCUAGAGUCCAAGUACCCCAACCCACUUUGUUCGCAUCGUACAACAAAGGGAUGGGAGGAGUUGACAUUAUGGAUCAAAAUGUAGCAGCGUACAGAACUAGAAUGCGCCAAAGAAAAUGGUGGUGGCCAAUCUUUGUCUACCUUUUUGACGUAAGUGUGUCAAACGCUUGGAUUUUGAAUAAAAAACUUCUUCCCCCUGACACUGCUAUUGGCCAACUUUUAAGGUUCAGGAGAAAUUUGGCUUUGACGCUUCUAAGGAAGUAUGGAACACCAUCAAGCCAGGGAAGAUCAUACCCAAAGCCACUUCAAGAUGUGCGUAGAGAUAACCUGAACCACUGGCCUGUUGAGAUUGCCACCCAAAGAAGAUGUGCUAACUGUAAAAAGAAGGCAAAAUGUGUCUGUUCAAAGUGCAACGUGGGGCUUCACCCGAAGUGUUUCAUGGAGUACCACUCAAACAAUCAGGGAUAAACAUAAGCCAGAAGAACUCAGGUUUCAACAAUAAAGGACUUUUUGGUUAACUAUAUAGACUUCACUAUUUUCAAAAAUUUGAAAUAAAUUAAAUGUUAUAAAGACAUUUUAUGCUGCUUUCAAAGGCAAAUAACUACUUUGUAAAAUAGUUUUUGUAUUUUUAUAACACAAAAUAAA